AUGGGCUGCGUCCAAAGCAAAGAGGCCGGCCACCAUCUGGUUGGAAACCGGCCAGUGAUGUUGACCGGCCCUCUUCCCCAGGCAAACGCAAUCUUGCAUCGGCAUUCCCCUCAACAAACUGUCCAAGACACUCAGGGCUACCAGCAACCUGCCAAGAAUCAACCCAACUUUAAGCUUACACAAGUGGUCGAGGAUGCAGAGCUGCCUGAUUAUCACCCUGAGGCAUCGGCCGACUACAUCCUGCGAACCAUUCUGGACGCUGAGAACUUCUCCAAGCAUGGAAUCAAGGGUGCCUUCAACGUCUUGGGCGACCGUCAUUUUAAUAUCUUCAUUGACUCUAGCCACUCGCUGUCUUCCGAGACUCGAUGUGCAAUCUUGUUGGUGGCCACUGUCUUGUUGAUCGUGGCGCAGGCCAAGGACUGUGACAUGACGUUUUACUUCACGAGCUACCCGAACAGGAAGAGCAAGAAUCUUUCCGAGAUCGACCGCCGACAUCUUAAGGACCUAAUGAACUUGUGGAAGACCCAGAGCUGGCAGGAGGCUCUCGGGAUGGUGCGAUGCACGCAGUCUUUCCAGGACAAGCUGGGGAUCCAGGACUGGAUUCAUAAGCGCAGAAACAUUAGCGAUGAUCAGAGUGAUGUCAAAAAACACGCUAAGCUUCUCAACUACUGCCGGGAGAAGAUGCUUGCCUUUGGGCACGGCUGGCACCAGCGAGAGCUCACCGUGGACAGCCUUGAGAAGCUGUACGGAUCAGCCAUGGUCAAUGCCAGCCAGCAGCUAAACUCCUUAAACUCUACAGCCUUCACCUACAAGAGGGUAAUGAGGCAGUACACUCGUCUCCAGGAACUGUACCAGAAGGAUCCAUCACAAGCUUUCCCCGUCUCAAACAUCUUCCUCCUGGGGACGGCCAUUCAACCGACUGAACUGGCUGCCAUCCAGGAAGCCCAGAAUAUUGGAGGAAAUGCCUGCAAUAGCUCUGGAAGGCCUGCAACGCUCAACAUUGAGGGGCGGGGCACCCUCUUUCAAAUAUCUUCUGUCGUCAUGAUCGACCGUAUGACUGAAAAGUCUAUCAAGCUUUACAAGAAGGUGGACAGCUAUGGGAAAGGCGAAGAUGACAUCAACGAUCUGAACACGCUUAAGGAGAGGAAGGUCCUGACAAAUUUCCUGAGCCCUGGCGCUUUCUUCAAGAUUCUCAACUCUCAUGAGGCGGCAGUGGACAACGACGUCCAAAUGCCGACGGGCGACGCCAUGUAUGGAAGGCAGCUGCUCAACGCCACCGGCCAUACUAUCACUCUGCCAAGUGUCAAGCAGGUCAAGAGAAUCUUUGGAAUUGAGGGCCUGUUGGCACUACCUCGCGCUAUGGACGACAGUGACGAUGAGGAUGAUAAGCCAGCGCCCCCUCGGACGGGUCGUGCCAGGUUCGAAGUCUCAACUGAUGUAGCACAGCGUAGUUCUGACAAGUACGUUACGCCUCCCUAUCAAGCAUGGCCUGACUAG